UUUGCUGUAAAAGAGAGGCCCGACUUCCAGUCGCAUUUUCUUUCAUCGUCUGGAACGGUGCCAUCCCCCGAAGCCAGAACUCCCGCAGCUGGGUACCGCCCGCCGCUACGCUCGCGUACAUUCGAUCACGAGCAGCCGCCGGUGCAGUGAAGAACGUCCGCAAAUAUGGAAAAGGUAAAAGUAGGCAUCAUAGGCAGCGGCCUCAUUGGCCGAAGUUGGGCGAUGCUUUUUGCCAGCGUGGGCUACAAGGUUGCACUCUUUGACGUGGAGUCACGCAAAAUCGACGAUGCCCUGAAGGAUAUCGAGGAUCAGCUCAAGACAUUAGAGAAAAAUGGGUCUCUGCGAGGCAAUCUCACUGCAAAACAGCAGCAUCAACUCGUCCAGAAAAGUGCUUCGAUGGCAGAAUGUAUUAAGGGGGCCAUUCACGUCCAGGAAUGCGUUUUUGAGAACUUGGAGCUCAAACAAAAAGUGUUCCUCGAGAUGGACAAACUUGCAGACGACAAAGUGGUUCUGUGCAGCUCCGCGAGCUACUUGCCACCUUCGAGCUUUACCAGGGAUCUUAGACAUAGGAGUCAAGCCAUUGUGGGUCACCCUGUCAAUCCACCAUACUACGUCCCACUUGUGGAAGUCGUUCCAGCCCCCUGGACAGACCCCCUGGUUGUUAUCCGAACCCGUGCUCUCAUGAAGGAAAUUGGCCAGAAGCCAGUUGUCCUCAAGAAGGAAGUGGAUGGCUUUGUGCUCAACAGGAUUCAAUGCGCUAUACUCAAUGAAUGCUGGAGGCUCAUUCAGGACGGAGUCGUGGAUACCCAGGAUAUGGACACGGUCAUGUCGAACGGACUUGGGAUGCGCUAUGCAUUCUUGGGACCCUUGGAAACCGCUCAUCUGAAUGCGGAAGGAAUGAUCGAGUACUGCCAGAAGUAUGCCAAGGGAAUCGUCAAGGUGUCCCAGUCCUUUGGCCCUGUCCCCAGCUUCGAUGGUCCCACCCUAGCCAAGGUGAACAAAGAGCUGGAGGAGAAGAUCCCAGUCAAGGAUCUUCCCAAGUGGCGCAAAUGGAGGGACAUGCGGCUGGCUGCCCUGGCCAAGCUGAAGAGAGAUGCCUAGAUGUAUAUGCAGCUUACAAUUACUCUUCAGACAUUCAGUCGUGUAAUGCUGCCAAUUUAUGUAUUUUUUCAAAUAAACAUAACACCAAUAAUGCAAA